GUCUUCUGCCAAAUUUUUUGUACACCAAAAUCAAAAUAAAGCAAAUUCUUCUGGUGCCGAAUCUGUUAUUGCUGAUUGCAAGCAAAUUAAUGGUAGUGAUGAUAUUGCAAGCAACGAAUUAAGAAAUAAAGAUUACGUAGUGGAUUUUGCUUCUACAAACGACAGUCAUUCAGCGUACAAAAAAGAAUACGCUGAUAAAAUUCAUUAUAAAAGCGGCACUGACAGAAGGUCAGCAACAACAGUGUCAGGCUUUGGCGCAGAAGUCAGUGAAGCCUUUGUUGACAUUGAGGAGGUGAUUUCCACAAAGACUCCAAUUGUGAACAGCAACUCUCAUAGCGUUGGAGGUGGUGACGGCAGAGGCAAUAAACGUAAUCCUCUGCAGCAGCAUUUUGGAAGUGCUAACUUCACAGCUGUACCUGAAGAAAUCAACAAUUCAAGUGAUAAUAAAUACUUAGCUGCGAACACCCUCAAUAUACCAAAGAAGUUUCAUAACUACGACAACGGCAAUGAGGGGAUAGCUGCUAGGGUCGGAUAUCAAUUACAAACACAAAAUAAUAAACAGCAAACGGUGCGUAUCCCCAAUAGAGAUACAUCCAGCUUGCAACUUGCUGCAAAAACGCCGAGUCAGUGGACGGAUAAGCCACCGGAUAAGAUUCCAACAAAAAUACUCAACAUACGAGCACCACCAUUGUCAUUGGCGCCAACGUCGUUGUCGUCACCGGCAUCGUCGUUUACAAACUUCGCCAUGAAUUCCAGCCAGCCAACACAGGCGCCUGGCAAUCGCAUAACAUUUACAAGUCAAACGCUUCCUAAUGGCACCAUAAAUAUUGGAGGGGCUACUGGUCAUCCGGCGGGUUCAACAAUCAUAUCAACGUCGCAGUUACCCAACACAACCACCAUUAAGACAAUAACGUCAAGUGGAGGCGGUCAGCAGCAUCAUGCGCUGCCGCAACAAGUACAGGGAAACCAGCAGCCAUUACUGAAUUCCAUGAUCCCGGCGAGUGUAGUGGUGGGUAUGCGUCCGCCCAAUGCACAACAACAGCAAAAGAAUGUACAAGGCAACACAUUGGGACGUGUAGUAAUCGGCGGCCCUCACAUGGUGGGCACAAGACCACAAAACCCAGGGAUAACACUCAGUACACUAGCACCUGGACAAACGCCUGCACUCAUUUUGAAAACCGAAAAUGGAUAUCAAUUACUGCGCGUUGGCACAGCCAGCUCGGGUCCGGUGACACCAACCAUUGGCGGCAGUGGCAACACUAAUUCGACCAAUCCGGCACAAAUUCGUUUACAAACUGUACCAGCUGCUGUAAGUAGAUUCACAGGGCCUCCUAUAGCACUUCGUAAAACGAUUGUAAGAUCAUCCACCUCCACAACUACCACUACUACCACCCACCACCACCAACAUCAUCAACAACAGCAGCAAGCAAAACAGCACCAACAACAGGCAACAGCGACGAAACAGAUAAAACAAAAUUCGAUGGCAGUGUCCUCGUCCACAUCCAAUAAUAUUGUUGUGAACUCAGUUGCCUCGAGUACAGCGGGCCCCCAUCAUACGUACACGUCCCAGGCGAAUAUCACAUUGCAGCAGCCUCACCAUCACCAGACCACAUUGCAGCAUCAACAACAGCAAUCGCAUUUGCAAUCGCAGCACCAACAAAUUCACCAGCAGACUCAACAUUUACUGCCCCAACCGCAGAUAACCCAAAUUCAAACAAUUCCAGCGCAACAUUCAACCGGUUCCACCGCCUCCACUGGCACUUCGAACACAACGACAAUGAGUAACAACCACAGCGCGGUACUCACGGCCAGUGGCGGCACCACGACCGGGACACCAACAGCGGCGACAACCCAAAGUGCUGCGCAGGGAAAUACCAAAGAGAAAUGUCGCAAAUUCCUGGCUAACUUGAUUGACUUAGCGACGCGUGAACCCAAGCCGGUGGAAAAGAAUGUGCGGAACCUCAUACAGGAAUUGGUAAAUGCGAAUGUUGAGCCCGAGGAAUUUUGCGAUCGGCUGGAACGUCUCCUAAACGCCAGUCCACAACCUUGUCUAAUCGGUUUUUUAAAAAAAAGUUUACCACUUCUGCGACAAGCUCUCUUUACGAGGGAACUUGUAAUUGAAGGCAUUAAGCCGCCACCGCAACAUGUUGCCGGCUUGACAACGUUGCAACAGUUUCCGAAAAUUCAGGCGCAAAUACGUCCCAUUAGUCAAAAUCAAACAACUACCAUUGGGCAAACGCAAGUUAGAAUGAUUUCACCAGGAGGUCUCGGUGCGCCACGGCCCAUCGGGCAUACGACCAUCACUAAACAGCAGGGUGGAAUUCGCAUACAAGGCCCCACUAACGGGCCGCGUCUUGUUAAUGCCCAAAUCCGAGGACCCAUUCCAGCGUCCAUACAGCAGAAUGCGCAGCUACCUACUGCCCCGACGCAAGCGAAUAUUGUGCAUAUACGAGCGCCAACAGUAACUCAAAUCAGCAGACCCGCAACGGUCCAAAUACGUACUACCAAGGGUAAAAACACGCCAUCGGGCAUUACGCACGUCAAAGUCGGACAAACUCAAAUCAAAGCGAUCUCUUCGCCUGUACCCUCGCUCGUUGCAUCCAAUCACCCGCCCUCACUUGCAGCUAUUUCUAACAGCUUGCCACCCUCGUCAACACCAUCCCUGUCCGCGGUAUCUACAAUGUUAUCCACUAUCAAUUCCGUGGCGACAUAUUCCAAUGCAGGCAGUGGGACAUCGCUGCCUACUCCAUCACUACCCAUCGUACAACUGCCCCCCGCCUUAAUGAACAGCAGCAGCCAUUUGAGCAGCAAUGCCUCGAUUGUGGGUAUAGGAGAGAGCUUAAGAAUUGUCGACAACAAAUUGGACAUUAGCGCUAUAAAGCAAGAGAAGAUCACACCUGCCACACCGACAUUGACUGCCACAGCGAACAAGUCAACGGCAAAAUCUGGUGCUGCGUCAGCCAGCAAAGCAUCAAGCAAAAAGAAGAAAGAACAACUGGAUAAAGAAAAGGAGGAGAAAGCGAAUGCUUCGGGCGCUGCUGCAACCGCAGCUUCUUCUUUCUACCAACAGCCCGCUUUAUCGAUGUCUUCCUCAUUAUAUGGGGACGAUGACAUAAAUGACGUCGCUGCCAUGGGCGGUGUCAAUUUAGCUGAGGAGUCACAACGCAUUCUAGGCAGCACGGAAAAUAUUGGCACUCAGAUACGUUCAUGCAAGGACGAAGUAUUUUUGCAUUUGCCGGCACUACAAGCGCGCAUACGUGCUAUGGUAAUGGAACGCGGUCUAGAAGAACCAUCACAAGAUGUGGCGGUUUUGAUAUCGCAUGCGUGUCAGGAGCGGCUGAAAAAUAUCGUGCAGAAAUUAGCGGUGAUAGCAGAGCAUCGAAUCGAUGUUAUUAAGGUGGACCCACGAUACGAAGUCACAAAAGAUGUGCGCGGCCAAAUAAAAUUCCUUGAAGAAUUGGAUAAAGCAGAGCAAAAACGUCAUGAGGAAUUAGAAAGAGAAAUGUUGUUGCGUGCUGCCAAAUCCCGGUCGAAAAUUGAAGAUCCCGAGCAGGCGAAAAUGAAAGCGCGGGCGAAAGAAAUGCAGCGUGCUGAAAUGGAAGAGUUGCGCCAGCGAGAUGCCAACAUGACGGCGUUACAAGCCAUCGGCCCACGGAAAAAACCCAAACUUGACAACGACGCAACCGGCGCUGGAACGAAUUCGACUGUUGGUGGUGCAUUAGGCGGCUCGAAUACGCCAACCGUGUCGCUACGCCCACGCAUUAAACGCGUAAAUCUACGCGACAUGCUCUUCUUCAUGGAGCAGGAGCGCGACACGUGCAGAAGCCAAAUGUUAUAUAAAGCAUAUCUUAAGUGAUCGAUUUUGUACAACUACUAAGGAAAACAUAAUACGAUAUGUUCGCUCCGUACAUGUUGAAACUAACAUAACGCCAACUAUAGUCAUUGCAUCCCUUUAUUUUACCAUUUUCUAUUUACAACUAUUGUUUCAACAUAGCACACCUCGUAACAAUUUAUAUUUAUAAUCACAUUUUAAUUGCAAAGUAAACUGAAUGCAACGUU